UUUAUGAUGAAGUACAUCAGGCAUUAAAAUCACUAACUUACCAUAAACUUAAGAAACAAAUCAAGUACUAUAGUGAGUAACAGCAUCAGUGGUGCCUUGAUCAACGCUACGAAUGACUGGGCUUCAGUAUUCUACCUAUUUGGAAGCCUUGGGAUUCUAUGGUUCAUAAUGUGGGUGCUGCUUUGUUAUUCAGAUCCUGAUUCACACCCUUUCAUCAGUGACAAGGAAAAAAUGUACCUUAAGAAAGAAUUAGAAAACGUCCAUAGGGAGUCCCCGGCCACCCCUUGGCGGAGCAUCUGGACCUCGACACCGCUCUGGGCACUAGUAGCUGCCCAAAUCGGCCACGACUGGGGCUUCUUCACCAUGGUCACCGACCUUCCCAAAUACAUGAGCGACGUGUUAAAGUUCGACGUGAAAGAGAACGGAAUUUGGUCAUCGGUGCCCUACGUGGUUAUGUGGUUGAUCUCCAUGAGCUCUGGGUGGUUGUGCGAUUGGUUGAUCACCCGUGGGUACAUGAAAAUCACUUUUGCCAGAAAGUUCUUUACUACAGUUGCAUCCCUCGGACCAGCUCUCUUCAUAAUGAUCGCCUCGUACAGCGGGUGCGACAGAUACCUCACCGUGGCGAUGUUCACCAUAGCGAUGGGUUUCAUGGGUACCUUCUACUGUGGCAUGAAGGUGAACGCAUUGGACCUUUCACCAAACUAUGCUGGAACGCUCAUGGCUAUAGUGAAUGGCAUUGGGGCGAUCACAGGAAUUUUCACGCCAUACGUUGUAGGUGCACUCACCGAAAAUCAUACCUUGAAGCAGUGGCGGGUCGUUUUCUGGAUCACCUUUGCGGUUUUUGUGGUGACAAAUAUCAUUUACACCUGUUACGGUAGCGGCGAAGAGCAGUCGUGGAACAACAAGGAAAAGAACAGGGACGAGAAAGGAAAAGACCUUAGCUAAAUAUUUUUUUCCACUAUGUGAUAGUUGUUGUAAAUCAAGCCGUCUUUAUUUGUGAUAUGAUCCUAUGAUCAAAUUGUUUAGAAGCUAAGAUGUACAGUAUUACGAUACUUCUAGUAAAAUUAACCAUUAAGCAAAUGCGUCUCAAUCCGUAUUCAGUGUCGCUAUGAAAUAAGUAAAAUCAAUGCAAAUUGAAAAUGUGUUCUCUUUCCAGGAAAAUUCAUAUCCCGCCUAGAAUUUAUCGGAAUUUAAUGUAAUGUAAUUUCCAAAAAUGAUGAGACCUGUCACUAUAUAGAAUUUACUUAUUUCUAACCGAUCCUGUAUACCUAGUAUGUAUUUUUUAUAUCCUAUUUGAACUACUUACAGAACAAAUAUACUAAGAGUGUGCCUUUUACUAUUAAAAAUAUGUAGUAAAUUAUAUUAUAUUUAAAUUUAUAUUAUAUAUGAAUUAUUUUAUUGUAAAUUUAUGGAUUGACUAUAGGAAUGUGUCAUAUAUUAUAUAUGGCAAUAGCAUGUCUGCUGAUAUACAGGGUGAGUUUUUAAUGAAGCCUUGGCCGGUAACACCGUUAUUACUCUUGAUAUCUAAUAAAGUUUAAUGCAAAAUUUAGAAAAUGUUUGUGCUACAGGGUGAUUUAUAACUAAGUGGUGACUCAAACAUACAUUUUUUAAUGCCCUCUAGCUCUAGCUAUAACAGUAGAGAAAGAGCGAGUUGUGAAACAGAUUGUCCAAUGUUUCAACAAUUUUAGAAUGCUUCGUUUAGAAGGGCCUACUCAAAUCUGCAAUAAAAUGUAAGGUAUUCCUUUCAAAAAAUGUUUGCUUGGGUAACCCUGUAGAGAUAAAAAUAUUCUCCAAUUCGAUAGCAUUCUGUUGGCUACAUUUUUUUCGAUGAACUUUUUUAGAUGCAACCACUAAAAACUCACCCUGUAUAACAGAAUAGCGUAAUUAUAGGCGAGUAAAAGUAGGUAAGGGUGAGAAUAAUAUAAUAUACUGUGAUUUACCCCAAUCAUUGCAACAAUUAUUUGCUAUCACAAGUUAAAGUUUUGUUUAGCAGCAUAAGCUGUCUGAUUUUUUUGUUUUAUGGGGGCCAUAUUACAAAUGUUUGGUGAGGUAAAAGUAUAUCAUGUAGCUAGUUCCUUUAUUAUUGUGAUUAUAAUGUUUAUGAUCACACUAAUGUAACUGAUAUUACAUCACCAUUUCUUAUAGUUAGUAUGUGAGUUCUUGAUCCAUCCUUUAAUAAAAUUUAUUAUAUGUUA